AUGAAAAUAAACAAAUUGUUAGUAUUAGGGUUGGGAAUAUUGGUAUGUGAUAAUAAUGUAGGAAUACGAUGUUACAAAAGAAGUUUUAUUCUUCAUUGUAACGAUGGGAAUAGUCAGCAUAUAAACAAAAGUAUUUUAAAAGAUAAUACAUGUGAAUAUAAAAUAAAAUCGAAUGCUUUAAAAAAGUUAUAUGAAAGAAAAUUAAUUAACUAUACGAGUGAUAUAAAAAGUAUAGAUAAAAUAUUAUAUGAAAAUGAGCAGGAAAAUGAAAAUAAAAAAUCAGUAUAUGUUGGUAUAGAUUUAAAUUGUAAAUAUUUGCAUAUAGGAAGUUUAAUACCAUUAAUAGUUUUAGAAAUAUUACGAAGUUAUAAAACGGAUGUUAUAAUAUUACUUGGGAAUAGUACAACCCAAAUUGGUGAUCCUUCUUUUCAAACAAAUGAAAGAAAACAAACAUUAAAUGAAGAAAUAUAUCAAAAUGAAAAAAGUAUAAAAGAAAGUAUAAUUGAUUACAUUCUUAAUAAUGAUGAUAUAGAUAGUAACACAAAUUUUAAUACAACAAAUUUUCCUAUGAGACAAUUAUGUGGAGUCAACUUAAAUCAAAUGUCAUUUCAAGAUAUUUGUAAAAAAACAGAUUUACUUUCAAAAGAUGAAAUAAUAUAUAAAUGUACUGGGAAAGGAAGUUUACGAAUUUUAAAAAAUAAUGUAUGGUAUGAUAAAAUGAAUGUAAUUGAUUUUUUAAAAUAUGGGGAACAUUUUGGUAUUCAUAAAUUAUUAAGAAAAGAUAGUGUAAUAAAAAAAUAUCAAAAUAAAAACUUGACAUUAAAAGAUUUAAAUUAUAUAUCUUUACAAUCUUAUGAUUUUUUAUAUUUAUAUAAAAAGUAUAAAACUUAUAUACAAAUAGGUGGAUCUGAUCAAUGGGGUAAUAUACAAUCAGGUAUUGAAUUUUGUCAAAAUAUUUUUAAUCAACAAUUAUAUGGAUUAACAACAAAUCUGCUUCUAUACAAAAAUAAUAUUAAAUUUAGUAAAUCAUUAUUUCAUGAAAAUAAAAAAUUACCUAUAUGGAUAAACAAAGAAUAUACACCCCCUUAUCUUUUUUGGAACUUUCUACGAAAUAUAGAAGAUCAAAAAGUUCAAUCAUAUAUAGACAUGUUAACUAAUUUAAAUAUAAAUUUAGAUGAAGAAUUAAAAAAAUCAGAUCAUGAAAGUUCAAAAAAUAUAAAUAUCUCUUCAUAUGAUAAUAUAAUAAAUUCUGCUAAAAAAAAAAUGGCAGAUCAUAUCACAAAUACCAUUUAUGGAAAAAGUGUUGUUAAUAAAAUUCAUAAAAUAAAUAAUAUAAUUAAAAAUAAUCAGUUCAAUGAAAUUGAAAAUUUACAAGAGUUAAAAAUAUUACCAUAUAAUCAAAUUAAUAUAAAUUCAAUCAAACAAAAUGAAAUUAACAUUACAGAUGUCUUGAAAUUUUUUCAAAUUGCUAUGACAAAUAAAGAAGCCAAAGAAAAAAUAAAUCAAAAUUGUAUAUACAUCAAUACAAAAUUAAUAACAGAUCCUAAAUAUGUAUUAAACAUUAUCGACUUUUUAAAAACUAAAGAUCAAAAUUAUUAUUAUGCACUUCUUAGACUUGGAAAAAAAUUAGCCUACUCUAUAAUAGCUAAAUCGGAUGAAGGAAACUCUAGCCAAUGA